AUGACUACAGAUUAUGAAUCCUCGUCAGCCUUUGGUCUCCACUUUCAGGAUGCGCAGAUGGGACUUAAAAGGGAGACCCAGGAGGAGCCGGCAGCUGCCCCCCAGCCGGGAUCAGAGGAAAUGGGAGAAGCUCUUCGGCGUCAGUGGACAGCCCUAUCUGUUAAAGCAGAACCAGAUGUGGGUCUCUGGUCCCACCAAUAUGAAGCCCAGUUGCAGGAGUUCAUGAAGACAAAUCAGGCCCCUUGCUCCGGACAGGGAAUCCCACCGCUGCCAGAAACUGUUCUCUGCGUUGAUGCUAAAGUAGUUGCAGCAGAGCAAUUGGCCCAAAUCCUGCCAUGUGCUCAGAAACCGAGUCAACAGAACUCCAUGGUGCAAGGCCACAAGAGAGAAAAACAUGAUAUCCUGAACGAGGAGGCCGCUGUCAGCUCAGAUGUACCCUGCCAACACUUUAGGCAGCUCAGGUACCGGGAGGCCGAGGGCCCCCGAGAGGUUUGCAGCCAGCUACGGGAUCUUUGCCACCGGUGGCUGAAGCCGGAGAGGAACACCAAGGAGCAGAUCCUGGAGCUGGUGAUCCUGGAGCAGUUCCUGGCCGUCCUCCCUCAGGAAAUGGAGAGCUGGGUGAAGGAGCGUGGCCCGGAGACCUGCUCCCAGGCGGUAGACCUGGCAGAGGAUUUCCUGCAGAGGCAGCAAGAUGCUAAGAAAGAGGAAGAACAGGUGAAGGGCAAAGGAGAGAAGUUCGAAAUGGGCAUAAGGACAUUGCCUGUCCUGGCAUUGGAGCCUUUUGCAUUCUAGGCCCAAGGCCUUUCUUGGAGUAGCCUGGGAACCUUGGGUUCUCUAGGCCAGAAGCCUUUCCUGUAGUAGCUUGAGCUGGGCAAUAUUGCAAUAAUAAUAAUAAUAAUAAUUUAUUAUUUGUACCCCGCCCAUCUGGCUGGGUUUCCCCAGCCACUCUGGGUGGCUUCCAUAGAAACCAAAAAACACUAAAAUAUCAUACAUUAAAACUUCCCUGAACAGGGCUGCCUUAAGAUGUCUUCUGAAUGUCAGGUAGUUGUUUAUCGUUUUGACAUCUGAUGGGAGGGCGUUCCACAGGGCGGACGCCACUACCGAAAAGGCCCUCUACCUGGUUCCCUGUAGCUUGGCUUCUCGCAAUGAGGGAACCGCCAGAAGGCCCUCGGCGCUGGACCUCAGCGUCCGGGCAGAACGAUGGGGGUGGAGACGCUCCUUCAGGUAUACUGGGCCGAGGCCGUUUAGGGCUUUAAAGGUCAACACCAGCACUUUGAAUUGUGCUCGGAAAUGUACUGGGAGCCAAUGUAGGUCUUUCAAGACCGGUGUUAUGUGGUCUCGGCGGCCGCCCCCAGUCACCAGUCUAGCUGCCGCAUUCUGGAUUAGCUGUAGUUUCCGAGUCACCUUCAAAGGUAGCCCCACGUAGAGUGCAUUGCAGUAGUCCAAGUGGGAGAUAACUAGAGCAUGCACCACUCUGGCGAGACGGUCAAUGGGCAGGUAGGGUCUCAGCCUGCGUACCAGGUGGAGUUGGUAGACAGCUGCCCUGGAUACAGAAUUAACCUGUGCCUCCAUGGACAGCUGUGAGUCCAAAAUGACUCCCAGGCUACGCACCUGGUCCUUCAGGGGCACAGUUACCCUAUUCAGGACCAGGGAGUCCUCCACACCAGCCUGCCCCCUGUCCCCCAAAAACAGUACUUCUGUCUUGUCAGGAUUCAACUUCAAUCCAUUAGCCGCCAUCCAUCCUCCAACCGCCUCCAGGCACUCACGGUAUGAUGGUCAAACCACGAUACUGGUUUCAGACUUUUUGAACUGGGGAUAUAUUGCAGCCUCUGCCAGCACAGCGUCUGCCUCACUGUUCUCUGCCUGCCUGCCUGCACUGUGUUGGCAGCAUUCGGGAAGCUACAGCAUAUCGCCAUCUCAAAUUGCCUUGAUCAGCUGAGAAACGGGCAUCCUUAAACUUAAAGCAAGUUUAACUUCCUUAAACUUCCUUUAAAUUGCUCCUGAAGGUCAACAAUGAGGGAGACGGAGGCACUUCACCAGGGAGAGCGUUCCACAGAUGCGGAGCCACCACUGAGAAGGCCCUGUCAUGGGUCAAUGCAAACCGGGUGGCAGCCGGAGGCAGCACUGCCAAUGGGGCCUUCCUUGCUGAUUGUAGGGCUCGGGAAGGUUGAUAUUGUGGGACUCCCUCCCUUAGGGCCCAAACCAUUUUGGGCUUUGUACUAAACCCAUGAAUUGGGCUGGUAGCUCACAGGCAGCUCUAACACAUCCCCUUUCCUACUGCUUCAAAAUGCUUUCGAGUUUUUACUGGGCGUUUCCCAGACCAGGAAUGCACGAUGGCUGAGAGUUAUACAAAUUUAACAAUUCCUUGUUUGCUGUUUCAGGAGCACUUUCACGUGAUCACAGUCAGCUUCCCUGACGAUGAACAGGCUUUGUUGGAAACCUCACAGAGCCAGUCCCACAGGGAGAUCAAGCAGGAGGAUGAAAGGGAUUGCAGCUCCCCAAGUAAGGACCUGUUGUUACAAUCAUUGCUUACCACAAAGAGCCUGGCAGGGCUUUAAUUUGGGGGUUCCUACUCGGGGAGAAUGUCUAAAGUGACUGCACUUGGAAUCCUGUGUCCGGUUCUGGUUGCCUCACCCUAAAAAGGGAUAUUGUGGAAUUGGCGACAGUUCAGAAAAGGGCAACCAAAAUGAGUCAAGGCAAUGGAGCAAAGAUCAUGGGGAAAGAUUGCAACAACUUGAUAGCUCAGUCGGUACGCUAGCUAAUCUCAAGGUAAAAGGUUUGAGCCCCACAUUCGGGCAAAUGACUAGAUGAUUUCUAGUUGGUCCCUUCAACUCUGCAAUUCUAUGAUUUUAUGAUUUGGGGCUUUUUACUUUAAGAGAAAAGACAAAUAAGAGAAGACAAGAUAUAUAGUGGUACCUCGGGUUACAGACACUGCAGGUUACAGACGCUUCAGGUUACAGACUCCGCUAAACCAGAAAUAGUAAUUCAGGUUAAGAGCUUCAGGAUGAGAACAGAAAUCGUGCAGCGGUGGCGCUGCAGGCCCCAUUAGCUAAAGUGGGGCUUCAGGUUAAGAACAGUUUCAGGUUAAGAGCAGACCUCCGGAAUGAAUUAAGUUCUUAACCCGAGGUACCACCGUAGUUGUUCAGUCAAACCUCGGCUGUCGAACGUAAUAUGUUCCGGAAGCCCAUUCAGCGUCCAAAAUGUUCAACAAUCAAGGCACAGCUUCCGAUUGGUUGCAGUAGCUUCCUGCACUCAAACAGAAGCUGCGUUGGACGUUUAGCUUCUGAAAAACGUUCAAAAACUGGAACAUUUACUUCCAGGUUUUUGAUGUGCAGGAGCUGAAAUUUUCCAAAACAGAGGCAUUCAGGAUCCGAGGUUUGACUGUAUAAAAUUACACAUGGUGAGGAGAAAGUGGGUAGAGAAAAAGGGUUUUUUCUUCUCUCUCGCUCAUAACACUACAGCUCAGGGACAUCUAAGAAAGCUGAAUGUUAGAAGAUUCAGGACAGACCAAGAAACAUCAUUCUCACAGAACAUAAUUAAACUAUGGCGUUGGCUUCCAACACGAGGCAGUGACAGCCACCAACUUGGAUGGAUUUAAAAGAUUAGACGAAUUCAUGGAGGAGAGGGCUACUAGCCAAGCUAGCUGCGUCCUACUGUUGGAGGCAACAUGCCUCAGAAUAUCAGUUGCUUAGGAUCACAAGUGGGGAGAGUGUGGCUGUUUCACAAAGAUUGUGUGGGAUACUCAGAGGCAUCUUGUUGGCCACUGUAGGAACAGGAUGUUGAACUAGGUGGCUACUGGCCUGAUUCAGUGGGCUCUGAUGUUCUUAAAUACUUCUCUUUGACAUCUUGUGGGAGGGCGUUCCACAUGUUUGCUCCGACUUAUUACUAAAGAGGGUUUUCUUGGUGGAAAGUAGUGGGGCAUGCGCAAAACCACUCAGAGUUGCGGCUAGAAAGCAUGGGAAUAGUGGGAAACUGCUGAGACCUAUGCUUUGCCGGCAUGGGAUAAGCCAAAGUAUGGACAAGCCCUGAGUAUGAGGCCUUAUGUUCUUUUAUGAGGUAUUACGUCAACAGAAGACAGUAUUAUUCUCUUGCCCAAACCUUUCCUGUCACGUUUUUCUUCAUUAUAUCGCCAUAACCCAUCUCUUCCUUUCUACUUUCCCCCACCUUGUUUAUUAUCUCUCUACUUCAGCAGGUGACGAACACAUGAAUGGGGUGCAUUUGGAGGAGGCUGAGCUUCGGAAGCUGAAGAAAAGCUCAGGAGAUCAACGUGGAUCAAACAAGCGGAAAGAAAAAACAGCGCAGAGGCGGAGAGAGAACUCUGUACUUCCUCAGGCAGGUGGUAUUGGAGGUCAACCGAGAAUCCCCACAGGAGAGAGCAGGGACGUGCCUGCCGUGUGUGAGGAAAGCUCGAGUGAUGCCACGGGCCAUGAUGCGUUCUUAGGAGAUGAGCCUUAUACCUGCUCCGCCUGCGGGAAAGCCUUCCGUCUCAAGUCAAGCCUCAAAAGACACUGGAGAAGCCACACGGGCGAGAAGCCGUAUACCUGCUUAGAUUGCGGGCGGAGCUUCAGCUGGAGGAGCAGCCUCACCACACAUCAGAGAACCCACAUGAGCGAAAAGCAGUACAAAUGCUCCAAGUGCGGGAAGACCUUCCGCUGGAGCCAGAACCUCACCAGGCACUGGAGCAUCCACACCGGGGAGAAGCCGUACAAGUGCUCCGACUGCGGGAGCAGCUUCAACCGGAGCCAGAACCUCAUCACACAUCGGAGAAUCCACACGGGAGAGAAGCCGUACAAGUGCUUGGACUGCGGGAGCACCUUCAACCGGAGCCAGAGCCUGAUCACGCACCAGAAGACGCACGCGGGAGAGAAGCUGUACAUCUGCUCGGACUGCGGGAAGACCUUCAACCGGAGCCAGAGCCUCAUUGCUCAUCAGAGACUCCACACGGGGGAGAAACUCUACAUGCUCCGGAUGAAAGGAGAGCUCGCGGGGAAAAUGCAGCCUCCUCAGACACGGGUGGAGUCGCACACUGCGGACAUGAUAUAG